AUGGUUCCGUUACAAGAUAUUAAGGAAGAGGAACCGGAAACGGUAACGACAACGGCGGCAGCUUUAGCAUCGCCCACAGCGGCACACUUCCUACCGGUCACCAUUAACACUACUAGUACGGCCACAUCGCUGUCACCACCUCAGUUGCAAAGUAAUGUAUUCGUACGACGUGACGGUGUUGAAAAAGAAGAGAACACUGUCGCCUUUGACGACCGCUGUCGCGAUGAACCAGAUGCAGCAUUCGAUGUAAACCCCGAUCAGCAUCUCUCAAAUCCAGCACCAGCCACGCCAGUGCCAGCAACAAAGCUCCACGAUGCACGCAUGUCGGUCCUGUCGCCUGUUUCUCCACAAGCAUCCCCACCAGCGUCACCUCCAACGGCAACGUUCUCGGUGUCCCAAGAGUGUCUUUUGCCACCACUGCCGGAAGACAACACAGAUUUAGCAUCACCCAUGGCGGCGCACCACUCGCAGCUGUCGCUCGAUUCCGUCCCCCCGGGUGCGCCAUCUUCGUCUUCCCGCAGCACAAGUGUACCCAGUGUGACCAGUCCGGCCGUAUCGCGCUCACGAGCACCGUCUGUUGUACGCCGCGCCCUUUCCGGCUCUCCCUUGGCGUCCUCGAACUCUGCAUCAGUUUUAGCAACAGCUACAACUCCAAACCCUCCCGACGUGCUAUCAGAUUCCUUUACAACGACGAUGGAACCCUUUGACCUCGCAACAGCGUUUGAAAUGCGCGGAGAUACUGAACCGAGCUCUUCUUUCGACCUUUCUAAGGCCUUGCAGAUCACUCCAGAUCCAACCCCUUCUUUGAUGAACGCCAGUAGCGAUAACAGCGUCACGAUCAUGGGCAGCACCACCAAUAACGGCACUUCCGCAAAUUCCAAUACCGCACCGAGCUCGCCACAUCCAACGCCUCCUAAGCUUUCUUUCAAAAAGAAAUUGGCAGCAGCCGGAGGUGUGACUACGGGCCUUACAGACAACACCGCUAGCGGGAAAUCUGUUCCGGACUUUCCGCUACAGCAUCUUCAACGCUACGGCUCAGUCAGGUCCCGCACCGCGAUGUCAGAUCUGCCUCGAGUCAGUUCUUCUGGCAACGAACUCCAUAACCAGGGCCUCGGUAUUGAGAGUGUUGAUCUUGCGCCUUUGGCUUCUUCUCAACGGACCCACAAAGCACCACUGCGCAAGUUUAGUGUUGGUAGUAGCAGCAGCUCAUCGCGAUCGUACCAGGAAAAUGACGAAAUCGAUCUCUUCAUACCUCCACCAACGCUCAACACCGAUGUUCAGUCUUCGGCGAGUUUGCAUGACCUGAAGUCCCCACGAUCGUCACUCAACCUUUCAGAAGCCUACAGCGUUAAACACAAAAAAGCGCCGCUGAUCAAACGAGCUUCUAGCGCAAUAUGGCGGAAAGCAUCAUUGAGCAAGACGUCACCAGCUUCGUCCCCAAAAAUUGCAGCAUCCCCCGUUUUCCCCACUUACAAUGAUCUACGAAGCACUUCAUCAUUUGCCACAAUGCCUUACGACGCAAACGAUAUCGGCCGCAAUACAGCUCCAAACGGUGAUAUCGAGCGUACGGUUAGUCAUAAGAUGGAUAAUAAAAAUUCUUUGAUUAACCCGAAAAUGUCCCGUGGUGGAUCUCGUUGCGUCAGCAGUCCGGAGCAUUUACAUCAAGUGUCAUCUCUCGCGACGCCUCAUGUUGAAUGUAGUUCUUCUUCGACACCUAACACCCAAUCAUUCGGUACUAAGUUCAAAAAUGGUUUGACAAGAAUAAUGAGUGGGAAUGCGACGGAUAAGACGUUUAGAAACAUCGAAUCGAAUACCGAUAGAUCUCAAGCACUAACAGCGCUUUCUGCUAAUUGGAAUGAUACUUCAGAAAUACAAAACAUGGUCGGGCUGAAUUCUUCUGAAAUCACCUGUUCGAACGGUUCGAAUUACACGAAAAAUAUGAACGGUGGAUUUUUACCUCCAAAACUGACAUCUGCGAGAAUAAACCAAAUAGCGUCCGACCAUUCUCCACCUAAUGCCUCAGGCAAGAAGAAGCAAGGAACCAAAGUUAACGCUGCCUCUAGCAUGAACAGUGGUACCACUGCUAAGAAUGAUAGCGUUUUCAGCAAGAAGAGUGACGAAUCGUUAGAGCAAACCUCGGACUCCGAAGAAUUGACAGUCGACAUAAGCGAGCUGACGAAGACCCUUCCGACGAUCACCGUCACGGAAAAGCUAGGUGCCAGGAGUAUCACACCAAUACAAACACAAUCUAAUUUGAUAUUAGACCUGAUCUACAAAGACGGUGCAGUGAGCAAAUCUUUAGCUAAGAACGGCCGCAAAGAUUCCGAAACUCCUCUUCGAAUCAGUCUUAAAGAGUACAUCGAUGUUUUGACCAAGCAGCAACGGGUUGAAGAUGAGCGGUUUGCUGUCUUGGAGUACAAAUUUGCACACAACGGGUGGUGCUCGCCGGACGACCUGUACAACCUCCAACAGAAGCGCAUUAUUAUCAACAGGAAAUGGGCAGAGCGCAUUUCUUUCUAUCAGGGACGGCUGGAAGCCUGA